AUGUCGCAACCGGUAAAAGUUAUGAUUGCCGGAGCUGGAAUUGCUGGCCUCUCCGUAGCUGUCGCAUUAAGACGUCUUCCGUAUAUUGAGGUUGAAUUGUUUGAACAAGCGACCGAGCUUCGAGAAAUCGGCGCCAGCAUUGCCAUAAGCCCCAAUGGCCUUCGCUCACUCGAGAAGCUCGGUGUACUAAAUGCUCUCGACGAAGAUGUUGCGUUUCGUGGUCCUUCUGCUAUUCCUAUGAUUUACAGACAUUGGAAGACAAAUGAAGUUAUACACCAGGACUACUUCGAUAAUGUUACCGUCCGUCGCCAUGAAACAGCAAGAUUCCAUCGUGGACAUUUGCAUGCAGCACUCCUGGAACAUGUCCCCUCGGAACGUAUUCAUCUCAGCAAAACGGUGGUUUCCGCGGAAGCAUCUCACGACAAAGUAACACUUCACUUUGUGGACGGAACAUCCGCGCAAGGCGAUAUUUUAAUCGGCGCGGAUGGAAUCCAUUCGAAGGUGAGGAAAUCGUUCGUCCCUGACCAUCAAUUGUUUUCCACCGGAAAGGUCUUUCUACGAUCAACAUUCGACGCAUCUCUUGUGGCACACAUUCGGGAUCUUCCGUUAGAUUCCACGCAUUGGUGGGGGCCAAAGGAGAACUUUUUCGCCUCUCGACUUGGGAAGAACCAGUAUACCACUGUCGGUAAUUUCGAUAUACCAGUAAGCACGGACGGGAGGGUCAGGAAUGUACAAUGGGAUGACGAGGAAAGCGUUGAAGUACUGCGACAGCGCUACAAGGAUUGGAAUCCCUUGGUCAAAGCCUUAGUAGAUGCAACGCCCUACACGCGCAUUUAUCCGAAUCACGCGGGUCAGCCUCUCUCAACUUGGGUGCUUGACUCACGAGUGACCUUGGUCGGUGAUGCGGCGCAUACUCACGGUGGUGCCUUCGCCGCGGGAGGCUCGCUAGCCAUUGACGACGCUUAUGCACUGUUUCUUGCCUUUCGACAUGUUUUGGGCUCGUCCCGAGCUCAGAAGCCAAAGGCAUAUGAGGUCAGAGAUGCGCUCGCCUUGUACGAUGAGACGCGGCGUCCGCAUACUGAAAGGCUCUUGAAAAUUGUUCUCCACGGUAUCGGAGCCCAGGCAACAAACACAGACUCCGACGAGAUUUUAGUAGAAAGAGUUCGGAACAAACCAAACACAAUAUGGCUUUCAGAGCACGAUGUGGAGAAAGCAUUUCAACGCAUCUUACAAAACAGAUCUACGACUGAGGAUAAUUCGGUAGAGCAAGCUACAAUAAGUAAGCUCUAA